AAAGAAAAGAAAAGCAAAAUAAAUCAAUUGCCACGUAUCAAAUCCGCCGUUACGGAUUUACAACAUCAUUCCAUUUCCAUCCAACUCGUCAAGAAAGAUUCUUCUUCUCACUCAAUUCUUUCCUCACAAUCCAAACUUUUCCCCCUCUGAAUCCUUGGAUCUGAAUUUCCGGCGCCGAUGGGGGAAACGCUUGACAGGCAUCCGACCUCCGCUUUUAGCUCCUCCGAAGUUGAUGUUAGCAUCGAGCUUGAUGCGAGGAUAGAGAAUGGUAGUGCUGGUGCUGGUGCUGGUGCUGGUGCUACUACUGCUGCCGAUGUAUUGGCGAACAAGGAAGUUCGAAUUGAAGAUGGUGGAGAUUGCUCUCCAGGUAUCUCUGGCAAGACUCUUCUUAAAGUCAACACCAUGCCCAUACAGACAUCAAAUAUUGACCAGUUGGAAUCUGAUUCGAGUCAGCAUAAACUAGAAAGAUCAAAGACUGAGGUGCACAAACAUAAUAAGUUUCUUCCUGAAGAGGCAGCUAAAAUUUUUGAUGAUAAGAUUCCUGUUCAUAGGAAGCUGAAAUUGUUAAACAGAAUAGCCACAGUGAAGGAUGAUGGAACUGUGGAAUUUGAAAUCCCUGGAGACGUUGGAGCACCUCUUGACAUUGGUCCAAACGAAUUCUCUCAUGGUACAAUUGAAGAAGAACCUCCUGAUGUGGCAGACCUCCAGGAUAUUCCACCUUUGCAAAUAGUAAUGCUUAUUGUUGGAACACGUGGAGAUGUACAGCCAUUUGUAGCAAUUGGAAAACGCUUACAGGAUUAUGGCCAUCGUGUUAGACUUGCCACUCAUUCAAAUUUCAAGGAGUUUGUUUUAACUGCUGGGCUGGAGUUUUUUGCUUUAGGUGGAGAUCCUAAAAUUCUUGCUGGCUACAUGGUAAAAAACAAAGGUUUCUUGCCUUCGGGGCCUUCUGAAAUACCAGUCCAAAGGAAUCAAAUGAAGGAAAUCAUUUAUUCACUACUUCCAGCUUGCAAAGAUCCUGAUCCUGAAUCUGGUAUUCCCUUCGAAGCAGAAGCUAUCAUUGCCAACCCACCAGCUUACGGACAUACUCACGUGGCUGAGGCACUUAAAAUUCCAAUUCACAUAUUUUUCACAAUGCCAUGGACGCCAACAAGUGAAUUUCCUCAUCCUUUAUCCCGUGUCAAGCAACAGGCUGGCUAUCGGCUCUCAUAUCAAAUUGUAGACUCCUUAAUUUGGCUUGGGAUACGGGACAUGAUUAAUGAUCUUAGGAAGAAAAGGCUGAAGCUACGACCUGUCACUUAUUUAAGUGGUUCACAUGCCUCUGAAUCAAAUGUGCCACAUGGGUACAUAUGGAGUCCACAUCUUGUUCCCAAACCAAAAGAUUGGGGACCUAAGGUGGAUGUGGUCGGAUUUUGCUUCCUUGAUCUUGCAUCAAAUUAUGAACCUCCCGAGUCGCUUGUAAAUUGGCUUAAGGCUGGCGACAAGCCUAUUUAUAUCGGUUUUGGUAGCCUUCCUGUUCAAGAACCUGCAAAGAUGACCCAAAUAAUUGUAAAAGCGCUGGAAAGUACUGGGCAGAGGGGCAUCAUCAACAAAGGUUGGGGGGGUCUUGGAAAUUUGGAAGAACCGAAGGACUUUGUAUAUUUAUUGGACAAUUGCCCUCACGAUUGGCUUUUCUUACAGUGCAAGGCCGUGGUGCAUCAUGGAGGAGCUGGAACAACAGCUGCUGGACUAAAAGCUGCUUGUCCAACCACGAUCAUUCCUUUCUUUGGAGAUCAACCUUUUUGGGGUGAGCGGGUACAUGCUAGAGGAGUUGGUCCUGCACCCAUUCCCGUUGAAGAGUUCUCAUUUAACAAGUUGGUGGAGGCCAUAAACUUCAUGCUAGAUCCAAAGGUAAAGCAGUCUGCUCUUGAGCUAGCCAAGGCCAUGGAAAACGAGGAUGGAGUAGAAGGAGCUGUAAAAGCCUUCUUCAAACAUUAUCGUCCAAAAAAGGCUGAACAAGAGUCCGAGCCGGAGGACUCAACCGUUUUCUCUAUAUGUAGAUGCUUUGGCUGUUCUUGAUUCUAUAAUGUGGGAGAUAUCCUCGAUGCGGCUUUCUGUUAACAGAUAUGGCAUGUCCCUGCUGUGAAACAUGGGCAAAUGUCCUGAGCAGUGAAUAUGUCAUGAGGUAAAUGUUUAUAAUGUUGAUAAUCUAUAUCUAGCCUGCGAAUAACGCUUUACACAUUUUUAUUUGUUGCUUAUCAGUAUUCUUUCUAAGCAAUUCACGUAUAGUUUCAUUCA